GAAGACAUGGCAAUAGAAAUAUCAGUGAUCAGUGUUGGAGCUGUGUUCUUAGUUGUGCUGCUAUUAAUGUUACUGAUUUGCACUUCUGGUCAGAGAGACAAAUGUGUACAGGAAGACCACAAUGGAAGUAAGCCUACAGUAGCCAAAUCUAGACUGCUGCAGUAUUUCUAUCAGUUCCUUCCCUGCUCCUCGUCUCCUUCCCUCCCAGGUCCUCCCAGCCUCUUCCUCAUCGGUAAUAUGAUGGAGCUGACACACGAUCAUCUGCCAAUUCACCUCACCAAUCUGGCACAGCGGUAUGGAAACAUCUACCGCCUUAAAUGCGGAAACACAACAAUGGUGGUACUAAAUAGUAGUGACAUCAUAAGAGAAGCACUCGUGAAAAAAUGGUCAGACUUUGCUGGGAGACCCCUUUCAUACACAGGUGAUAUUGUGUCUGGGGGAGGGCGCACCAUCUCUCUGGGGGACUACAAUGAUGAGUGGAGGGCGCACCGUCGUCUUGUUCACAGUGCUUUGCAGCGUUGCUGCCAGCAGUCAUUGCAUGAUGUGAUUGAGAGACAAGCACUGCAUCUGAGAAAGGUGUUGAUGGACUAUGAAGGCAGUGCUGUAGAUCUCUCAGAGGAUUUCACUGUGGCAGCCAGUAAUGUCAUCACCACUUUGGCUUUUGGAAAGGAAUACGAUAAGAGGUCUUUGGAGCUGCAGCAGCUGCACAGCUGUCUCAAUGAGAUUGUUGCUCUGUGGGGCUCCUCUUGGAUUUCUGUUCUGGACUCCUUUCCACUGCUCAGAAAAUUACCCAAUCCUGUGUUUUCCCGUCUCCUGAAAGAGGUGGCCAGGAGAGAUGAAAUUAUAAGUAAACAUCUUAACAAUUACAAGUCACAAGACAAAAAAAAUGAGGACGCUAUCACAGGAUCCCUUCUCCAGGGCCUUGACAAACAUCGCAACACAGAAGAUGGAGGGCUCCUGACAGAUAUUCAUGUUCACAUGGCCACUGUGGACCUUCUCAUCGGGGGGACAGAGACCACUGCAGCCUGGCUGAACUGGACUGUGGCCUUCCUAUUGCACAGACCAGAGGUGCAGACCAAGGUGUAUGAGGAGUUGUGCACAGUGCUCGAGGGACGGUACCCCAAGUACAGUGACAGACACAGACUUCCUGUCCUGUGCUCUUUGAUCCAUGAGGUACUCAGACUCAGGCCAGUUGCCCCACUGGCGGUGCCACACAGGGCCAUCAGAGACAGCAGUAUUGCAGGUCACUUCAUCCCUAAGAACACAGUCAUCAUUCCUAAUCUGUUUGGAGCUCACCAUGAUCCAGCAGUUUGGACUGACCCAUACAGCUUCAAACCAGAGCGCUUUCUGGAAGGAGGAGGAGGCUCCACCCGUGCCCUCAUCCCUUUCGGAGGGGGGGCCCGGCUCUGCCUGGGGGAGUCUGUUGCCAAAAUGGAGCUCUUUCUGUUCACUGCCUACUUGUUGAGAGAUUUCCAGUUCAUCCCUCCUGAGAGCGAGGCCUCUCUGCCCGACCUGAGAGGAGUUGCUAGUGUUGUGCUCAAGGUCAAGUCCUACACAGUUAUAGCACGUCCAAGAGCUGUGAAUAAUACCUGAACUACAGGGGGUGUAUUGGUAACUUUGUGUGAAAAAUACAGAACCUUGUGUGUAUGUUUCUCAUCAGUUUUAUUGGAUAUCCUGAUUAAAUCCUACUGUUAAUGGAUUUAUUUCAAUUAUUUAUUUGAUCAUUACUAAAACAUGUAUAACACCCAGGCUUAUCUUCGACAUGAUUUGUUUAAUCUCUUGUAUAAAGUCAAAGUAAACUGCAUUGUUAGACCUUUUGUGAAUGUUAAAGCUAUAUCAUUGGUCCAAUGGGCCAAGGGAAAUUACCGGAAUGGUCAAGUAGGUGAUCAGAUUUCUCCUCAAUGGAAACAGAAACUGAGUCAUAUAGAAAGCUUGAACAGAUGAACACUGUUCAGGCAGAGCUGCAUGCAAACCAAAACCUGAACCUGAAUUAGAACCUGGGGGUUGUACAGUUUACAGUAAAUAAAACUGGCCUGUCAUUUUAUAAGAAGAAUAUCUGUCAUAGCACCACCUAGUAGACAAAAACACUGAACAUGUAGUAAAGUGUAAUUUAAUGAAGAAAGACAUGUAUUUGGAAAAUUUGUAAACAAUUUAACAAUUUAUUAAUUUCUAAUGCCACCUUUAGAUAGUUAUAUCCAAUGCGUCACUAAUGUGCCACAACAAUGUAAUGUUUUUUAGUUAAAAUUUAAAAUAAGUUGCCUCAAUGUCAUUUCCUGAAAAUGUGGUUUGCAAAUGAUUUAGCAAUAAGCAAGACAAUCUGCGAGAAGACAUCUUCCAAGAGAAGAAUGGCUUUCUUUUCAUUGUUAAGACUCUGCCUUCUUUCUCUGACACACGCAGCAGCUGGACUUCAGUCAUCUGAUCAUUUGAUGAUGUUUGCCUUACCAGGAGAUAGUAUUUCUUUGCCAUGUGACAUACCCUCUAUUGAAUCCUGCUCCUCUAUUAACUGGAACAUGGCUGGACAGUUUGGAACACUUAUUGAGGUGGUGAAAGCUGGAAGUGUGACGGCUCCAAACAUCCUCAGGGUCAACCUGCAGUGGGACUGCUCUCUGAAGAUUAAUCACCUGGUACUCAACGAUGCACGACUUUACUCUUGUAACAAUGGAGCACUCCAUUCAAAUGUUUCGCUACGGAUUCUUGAACUUAUUGAGAGCUUGCCUCCUGCACAUACAGACACAAUAGAGCUUCACUGUUUCCUCAACACAUAUGAAGGAUAUAGGGUUUGCAACAACAGGGGGAUACAUAUCAAGUGGAGUACUGAAGAUAAUACACCUUUUAAAGGAAAUAGAUUUCGCUUUGAAAACCCUUCUGAGUGCUUGUCUAAACUAAUCAUCAAAAGGAAACAGACAGACCAUCACAGAAAAUGGAAAUGCCAGCUAUUUCAGAAUAACACGAUUAAAGCCGCCAUCAGUUACACAACAACAGUAAAAGAUGGUAUAGAGGAAGUGUUUGCUGCAGUGGGUGACUCAAUGUCACUCUCCUGUGGCAACACUUCCUCUCUUGUGGGUGGAAGCGUGGAGUGGGCUGUGGGUGGAAGAACACUGACAGAUGAUGUCUCACUUCAUAAAGGCCAAACCGUUCAUGUCAGUAAAGACUUGUCACUGGUCAUUAGCAGUGUGAGUGCAUUGCAUGCUGGGGAUUACCAGUGUUCAGAGUCCACUGAUCAGCAAAAGGUGUUUAACGAAGUCAGGCUGCAUACCCUCGAUGUUACUUCGAAGUACGAGCCAGGGGGAGAUAAUGCCACCUUGACUUGUAUGCUCAACUGCUCUGAAGAAUGUAAAAAAGACUUCAGUUUAACUUGGUCUGGAAGAAGCCAAAACAGCUGGGAGAGUGAUUUAAUGAGUAACGGUAACAGUCUCAUUAACAGGCUAUUUCUCCCAGAUUUGUCAGCAACAUCAGAUAACUUAGCCUGCCUGGUGCUUAGAGAGGGUGAUGUGAUGGCGUCAAAGAAGUGGCGUACUGCUGACCCUCUGCGAACACCUGUGUGGUUAGCCCUUCCUCUGGGCCUCCUGAUAUGUGUAGCUGCAGGAGGACUCUAUAUGUACAUGAAGAGAAAGCAGAUCAAUCAUGCAGGAAAUGACCAGACAAGCAUUGGAAUGACUCAUGUUUAUGAGGUCAUUCUGGAUGCAGCUAAUGAGGAACCGCACCAGCAGAGACAAGCCAAACGAGAAGCUACCACCACCACCACUGACAGUUUCUAUGAUUUAUUACAGGCUGUUAACUAGAACUAAAUAAAAGCGUUUUUUUCCUCUUAAGAUUAUAAUCUUUCUAAAUAAUUUCAACCAUCUAUACACUAAAAUAUGUUUUCCCAAACUUUUAA